AGCACAGCUGCCCAUAUGGAAGACAGCACAGCUGCCCUUAUGGAAGACAGCACAGCUGCCCAUAUGGAAGACACCACAGCUGCCCAUAUGGAAGCUGUCCAGGUAGAAGAAGUCAUCCCAGAAGCUUCAUUACCCAGGUUCUAUGUAGUAGCACAUGAAGCAAGACCUAACCUCAGUGCCACUUGUAUGUCAAGCACUGACCAGUCCACCUUGUUGGCUGUGGUCAAAGAAGAGAAUGCUGACUUACCUUCAGUGAACAACUCAGCUAUCUUGUUUGAGUUUGAACCAUGCAAGAAGGAAGAACUCAAUGAAGAGGAGCUUUUGGAAUAUCCCACAGCAGUUGGGGAAGCUGCAGCUCAGUUAACUACUCCUGAAUGUCUUGCUACUUCAGUAGGCCAAGGUCAGACUAGUACUUUAGAUGCUCCUGAAUGUCUUGCUACUUCAGGGCUUGCUACAGCCACUGGAGUUCUUCCAACAGGUUGUUCAGCUGGUGUGCAAACAGCUGAUGGAAGUUCAGCAGAUGCAUCACAAUCUUCAAACAUUGAAGGCCAAGCCACCGUGUCUUCUGUAGUUCCUAGUUGCUUUAGGUCUAUGGCAAGUCUUGAAGGAUUUCCACAUUUGGAAGAGCUUGGUGGUUUUGGGAAUGUUGAAACACACAAAGGUUCCAUAACUCUGUCUACAUGUCCUGAAAUUCCACAGUGCCAGCUGAUACCAGACCAUCCUCUACUCCUAGAAACUUCUGGAUCUUCUCCAGCCAACACAAUUCCACCAACUCCUUCACGUCCUGAUCCAGCCCAAGUCCAAACAAGUUCUGUCAAUUGUUUAGCAUUGAGCAGUGCUGUAAACACAGGACCAGCAACUGCCUCACUUGGUCCUCCACCAGCCCAGCCAGAGUUGAGCAACAAAGAAGCAAUUCAGGCAGCAGCUAAAGGCAGUGAAGGUGUUAUGGUUGCUCCUGCCGUGCUGAAACGGAAAAGGAAGAAAAAAGUAACAAAGAAAGAUUUUAAAAGCAUCGUGGACAAAGUAGUGUGCCAGCUGCCAUACAUGAGCGUGUCAGGAGAGUCCCAGCACCUGUCCCAGCUGCUCUCUGAUGAAGACUUUGAAAAGAUCGCCAUCAAAGUGGAGCAGGACUUCUACACAGGCCCCAACGACAGUGUCUUUAUUCCCUUCAUUCUGGAUACAGACGAGGCCAGUUCAGAUGUGGAGAUCACGUUUUCUAAUAUAAAAGAACCUCGAUAUAAAAAGAGAAGAACUAUAACUAAAGAAAAACCUCAGAAGCAUGAUCAAUCUUCAUCUAAUAAAACCCCAAAACCUGUGAAAAAGAAGACUGCGACACACCAGGCACAGUUGCCACCCUCCUUAUUGACAACCAAACCACCUCAUCCUGGUGUAGACACCAGACAAAUGACAGGUACGACUGAAAAACUGACCCACCCACCAAACACACACUCUGAUUUAGCAAGCACCUCCAUCCCUAGACACCUUGUCAGCCUGCUCAAGGAGUCCAUCAGAAAAAGAGAUGUGCUAAUCAACCUCCCAGCUCAGCAACAUUCCCCUACUCCUUCUCCCAUUUUACCCCAGACCCAGAGAGGUUCUAGACCGGUGCCACAUGUGUCCAGUAUGUCAUCCCUCCUAGCCACACGAUCCUCCACACCACUGAGUGCCCAGCCUUGUGCUCACCCAACAUCUACCAGUCUCACCCAGCACUCACCUGCACUCACAGCCACCACAAAAAAUCUUUCAGAAGAUUAUGUGAGUGGAGAGGAAUUGUUUAGUGAUGAAGAAGACAAUGGAGGAUCUACUAAACAACUUGCCAUGCCGCCACAAAAAUUCCAGAACUGCAUGAGCCCGUCCAACUCUAACUGGAUCCUCAUGACUCAGCCCAUCUCAAGCUCUCCCCGCAAGCUCAUGCGGCUGAACCAAGUCCUGAAAUCACCAGAGCCACAGCACACAACUCAGGCACCAUAUCAAAGUCCUGCACUAACUGAGCAAAGCAAAACUGAGAAGAAAACUGUCUCCCUUCAUCCAAGAGUUCCUUCCACAAAAGGACAAGUGGAUUCGGCAUGCAGCUCUUCUCUUAAAGACAGCAGCACAAGUUCUGUGAGCCAUACAGUGCCAGCGGCAUCGGCUAGCCAUACAGGGGCCCACAACUCAUCUCUUGAUGCCAGCCACUCAACCUGUAACAGCCCUGCCAAUGUAGUGGCUAGCCAUACAGGGGCACACAACUCAGCCUGUAACAGCCCUGCCAGUGUAGUGGAUGUGAUAGCUGACCUCCUGGUCCAGCACCUCAAGCCAAAGGCCAGGCAUAAAGUUUCUUCAGACAUUCAGACAAUGAAAGCAAACACUUCAGGACAUUUAGGGGCACAGAGAACUUGUACUUCCAGAGUAAAUGCCAGCAUUAGCCCAAUGAAUGACACACAGAGCAGUGACUCCUUCCAUCUCUCAGUGCAUGACAGUGACAAAACAACAUGCAGACCUGCAAGUGACAGACCAACAUGCACACCUGCAAGUGCUGGCAACAAGCUGUCCCCUCACACACCUCCAACUAACAAGAAGACCAAGAAAGUUGACAAAGAUGGUCGUAAGAAAAAAGAUCCCUUGAGAAUUAAACUAGCUUUUCUUUCCAGGACUAGCCAACUUAACAAAACGUCUUCGCUAGACAAAACACCACCCCUCGACAAAACACCAGCCCUAGACAAAACACCACCCCUAGACACAUUCAAUUCUGCCAAGAGAACUAGCAAAAUGUCACCUCUUGCAUCAGAUCUGUCUGUCAAAAUGAUCAAGACAACAUCACCCCUUGUGUCUAAUCUUUCUGUCAAGGGCACCAAGAAGACACCAGCGACACAAAGCCAGAUCACAGCUGAAAAAAAUCCCAGCAACCGUAUCGGAAGGCAAGCUGAUGAGGGGGUAAAUGUAUACAGGAAAACUGAAUUCCCAAAUCAAAAGGUUGUUCCUGAAUGUACUCAGCCAAGCUCUAUAACAUUGCCCAGAAAGGAGGUUGAGCCCGCUACAUUCAAUCUCAAUAAAAAACAUAUGUCAGCAAAUACUGGCCAGAGCCCAAAAUCCUAUACCAAGGUGGCCAGUGGCCAGAGCUUAACCUCCUCUACCAAGGUGGCCAGUGGCCAGAGCUUAACCUCUUCUACCAAGGUGGCCAGUGGCCAGAGCUUAACCUCCUCUUCCAAGGUGGCCAGUGACUUACAGUCCCUACCACUGAGUCCCAGUCAAGUGAAUGACUCCUCUGUUAAAACAACCAAGGCUUCACACACCACUUCAAACACCAACUUGGAGACAUCAGAACAUUUGCAGGAUUUUAGAAGUCCAAAAAAAACUAUCAGGGGCCUCGCUAGUAAGAAUUCCCCAAUCAUUUUAUCUUCAACAUGGGUAGAUAAGUCCCAUGUGGACGUAGGGGAAUCUUGGAUUAGUUCCCCUGUCAACAGGAGUUCAAGCUCCCCCCACCACACCCAGCCCACAGUGGCCACACAUCUCCGUGGUGCAGCGCUGGACUCUCCUGAUCUAAUUCUUCUGGAUUCUCCAGACCUUGUCAUUCUAGAAACAAGCAAAGUCCUGCACCAGUCUUCCAACUCAAGUAGCUCCAGGACCAGCUCAUGUAAAAAAAUCUUGUUCUCUACCAGCAAUAGUCUGAACAGAAACUCUAGCAAGUGUAAGGGAAUAAGAUCAGCAAGCUUUGAUGAGACUCUGCCCAGCCCUAAGAAGCCGGAGGACACUAGUGGCAAAGCUCUGGCAGCUAAGUCUAACGUCACACUGGGCCUGGCUCGUUGUACCUCAGAGACAGAUGAAUGUAAGAAAACAGAAACAUUUACCAAGGUACCAGCUAAGGCUGUCAUCAUUGCUGAAUCCCCGCUACCACUGCGGCAACGACUGGGACUGACCAAUCCCUUUGUAAAUAACAACCCUGGUCAGUGCCAACAGGUGAAACAGGCUGAAGGACUGAAACAGGUGAAACAGGCUGAAGGACUGAAACAGGUGAAACAGCAGCCUGAAGGACUGAAACAGGCUGAAGGACUGAAACAGCAGGCUGAAGGACUGAAACAGGUGAAACAGCAGACUGAAGGACUGAAACAGGUGAAACAGACUGAAGGACUGAAACAGCAGACUGAAGGACUGAAACAGGUGAAACAGACUGAAGGACUGAAACAGGUGAAACAGCAGACUAAAGCACUGAAACAGGUGCAAGCUCCUGCAACUUCAGUCAGUGACCAGCCCACAGAAGAGGUCAAUGACGAGCUGGACACGACAUUUGAUGACAUCUGCUUGCAGGAGAUUGAAGCACUGGAGCAGCAGUACCAGCAAACAGUGCAGCCCUCUGCAAUCCCCUGUGCCAAAACCCCAGCUCAACACAAAAGACUGAAGAAGGUUAGCAAGACGAAAACAUCUAAAGCACCGUCACCCUUCACUCCCAUGGCUCCAUACGACGAGAUGGCAACACCUGAAUUAAAGAAAGCUGUGUCUAAAAUUGGAGUCCGGCCAGUGUGCAAGAAGCGCAUGAGAGACUUACUGAAACAGGUGUAUCACGCCACACACCAGUAUGAAACAGACAGUGAAUACGAGGGUACCCCUGUAAAAUGUAUGCGCACUAAUGUUGGACCAUCAAGGCUCCAGUUGGACGUACCACAGAAAAGCAAGCCUAAAACAACAGUGCUAAAAAACCAACAGAAAGCCAAAACUGGGAGUGUCAAUUGUUUGCCUGCAACACACUCCGUGGCUGAUAGUGGCUUACCAAGGGCUGCCGUUCACAACAGCAGCUCUUCAGAGAGGGAGGAGGGAAGUUGUCAGGAUGAAGAAGAUAGGGGCUCACAAGACUCAAGCUACAGCGACAGUCCAGAUCUACCAGAAGAAAGUAUACUACAAGGUUGGCCAGAUGAAGAGAUAGGCUCUACUCAACUUACACAAACUUCAAGUGAAGUGACUCAGGAGAGACUAGUCCAGUUUGUUAUGGAGAAUAAAGAUGUGUAUGAAAAGGUUCUUAUGUAUGAGCCACUGGAGCUUGAUGUGUUAAAGAAAAGAAUUGCAGAAGCAGGUAUCCGAACUAGCAUGGAAAAAGUCAUGGAUUUCCUAGAUGAACGGUGCAUAACCUUUACUAUGAAGAAUAUCAACAAAGGUCACAACAGACACCAGAGAAAACAAAAGAACAAAUCUUCAAGGUCUCCAAAGAAAUCAAAAAGCUUAACUAAUAAAGAAUAACAAAACAA